CGGCCCACGAUCCCGCUCAACAUGUCACGCCUUGCGAGUGUAGCCGUGCUCCUGGCCCUCGUCGUCGCGGACGUCCACGCCGCCUACCCGCCGAGAGACGUUCCCAGCACGUUCCCCCACGACUACCCUGGCAAGCCCUCCGGCGACUUCAGCCCGGUCUGGCAGAGCUACUUUGAGGUCAAUGGCUCGCUCCCUAAUGUGACCUGGGAGCUCCCGCGCAACUUUGCAGGGAACAUCCCAGUGAACAGAGCAGGGCAUCCCAAUGACACGCUCUUCUUCUGGGCGUUCGAGAAGGAAAAUGGGUCGCUCACGGCCAGCGCGAACGACCGCGCGAGUGAGCCUUGGGGGAUAUGGCUCAACGGAGGCCCGGGAUCGUCAAGUCUGAUUGGUCUGACGUCUGAGAACGGACCUAUUCAUAUCAAUGCGGACUUCAGUGCACAGCAGAACAACUUCAGCUGGGACAGGCUUGCGGACUACGUCUGGGUAGACCAGCCAGUUGGCGUGGGCUUCUCGACAGCAGACUCGGCAGGAUUCGUUCAUGAUGAGGACGAGAUGGGCAGAGAUUUCAUGGGCUUCCUGUCAAAUUUGGUGAAGGUCUUCCCGAGCCUCAAAACACGACCGCUCUACGUCACUGGCGAGAGUUACGCAGGGACAUACAUUCCAUACAUUAUGAAGACGUACUUUGGCUUGACGGACCCUCCCGUGAACAUUGCGAAGUUCGCGAUCGGAGACGGUACCGUCGGCUCCUUUGAGGUCUUCGAGUUGCUGCCUACUGUGACAACCAUCGAGACGUACCCACAGCUCAUUGGGUACGACCCAGCAGUAUUCGAGUUCUUCCGCGAGCAGACGCACCUCUGCGGAUACGACCUGAAUCUCACCUACCCACAAAACGGGCAUUUCCCAACCCUCACGUUCGUCGAGCCCAGCAACAACGAGGAGCCUUUCCGUUCCCUGUCCCGCUUCAACUCCCGCACGCGCCACGAGACCCGCCUUCGCGCGCGCGAGGUGCUCCGCAACGCGAAGCGCUCUGCCAAGAUCGAACAGCGAGACAGCGUGGCGGUCGGAGCAGCGAAGAAGCGUGACUUGAGCGGGAGGGCCAACGGGACGAUCGACCCGUGGUACGGGUGUGAUAUUUAUGACGAGAUGAUCGACUAUGCAGUCAAUUUCUCUGCGCCGUGGAACGCUGCGCACGAUAACUUCAAUGGCUUCGACGUUUAUCAAGUUCCUGACGCGCUGGAUCCUGAAGCCAACAUGGAUGCCUCGUUUUUCUUCAAUGACGCGAAGACACGCGCAGCUUUGCAUGCGCCGACGAGCAAGAACUGGACGGGCUCGAUCUUCUACCCGUUCCUGGGGGAUCCUCUGUUCGAAGGCAACGAUCCCAGCGUGGAACCGAUGGCGUUCUUGACUGACCUCGCGGCCAACGCAUCCGCGCACAACGUUUCGGUCAUCCUCUACUCCGGAAACGACGACUCUCUUGUUGCGCAUCGCGGUACUGAAGUGGUCAUACAGAACACGACCUUUGGUGGGAUCCAAGGCUUCACUCGGCAGCCCUCGACUCCCUGGAUCGACGACAAUGGCGACGUCGGCGGCAUCGUGCACCAGGAGCGCAACUGGACCUACGUCCUCAUCGAAGGCGCAGGCCACCUCGUCCCAUACACGAACCCCGGCCGAGGUUUCGUCCUGCUCCGCGAGUUCAUCCUCGGCAACAACCAGACCGGGCUGGUCACCAACUCGAGCGGGACCGUCAACGUUGUCGGCGGCGAGAGCAGCGCGCUCGCGGUCGACGCGAUUCCUGGCCAGCUUGGGAUCUUCGUCGGCUCGGGCACGACGCAGUCGACGUACACGUUCCCCUCCGCGACGAUUGCAGCGUGGAGCAGCUAUAUCGCGACCGCAACCGUCAUCCCACCAGGCGGGCUUGCCGCGUCAGGUUCCGGAAGCGCGACGGGCCCGAAGGCUACUGGGAAUGGCGCUGCGCGUGGGGUGGAGGCUUGUGUUCUCUUGUUCGCUUUGUCGUUGGGUGUUGUGUUGGUUGUGGGCGGUGCUUUGUGAGUAGAAUUUGGGGGGUGACACUUUCUGGGUGUACGAGCUGGAAUGACUGUGAUGAACGCAUGUACUACACUUCCUUACGACCGUCGUACACCAAUAGAAGGAACCUCUAUAGUAU